AGACAAUUUGCAAAGUAUCGAGCAGAGGUAAUGUGAUCAGUGGUGAAAUACAAAAACAAAUCCGAACUACUAAAGGUGACUUAUGGGGUACCUCAAGGGUCUGUAGUAGGUCCUAAAUUAUUAUUAUCUAUUAAUGAUAGAGGCAACAUUUUUAAAAUGUUUUAUUUGCUGAUAAUAUGAGCUACUGUGCUGACGUAUUACCACCAAAUAUAGUCCUGUGUGAUCACUUUCGACGCCAUCACGACCGGGAAACAAUCUCGUGACCAUGAAGGCAUUGUUACGCAAGGACUGCCGGUGGAGUCGGACCCACCGCUCUCAAAAUCCAGGCACGGACGGAGAGCGGCUGGGUCCCCGGAGGUAGCAGAUGGCCGAGUUGCUGACUCAGCGCCGACUCUACACUGGCACUCACACAGUAGGCAAGCACAGGGACCUGCAGAAACGAAUCUUUGAUCCACUUAGGCAACGUAGUUUGUGAUCGGUUUGUAUUAUGCCAUCAUGCUUGGUUAGGAGAGAGGCAACCGGAAAGCCGGAAAUUCUGAUGCACACUUAUGUUCUGACCCCAGGGCCAUAUGAUCCACUUAGACAGCUGGGGCAUGUAUUUUGUGUAAAUCUGGAUAAAUGCACUUUUGAUAAAGUCUAAUACACAGUUCCAAAAAGUCCUGAAAUGCUCCUAAUUUGGAUGACCUGCGCCUGCCUCGUCACAUCCAGCCUUGGAUCGAGGCCACCAGGCAGCACAUAUAAUCCCCCAGCAUGCACCCAACCAGCGUCUUCGCUUCCUCCUCGUUGUUGUUGCCAUGAGGAUGCCGCUUCGUUUCACCGUUUCCUAAAGGGCAGAAGGUGAUUUCUAGUUUAAUUAUUUUCAUAUUUGUUGCGCUUGUAAAGAAAGCCUCAUCGGCAAUUUUUUUUUUUUUCUUCCGUGCAACAACACGAAGAUGGAGUGAUCAUCAUGAAAGGGCAUCCGCGCUGAAGCACCGUUUCCUCCAGCCUUCUCCCAUGCAGGCAGGCCGCCAUUACACGGUGCAGUGGGGGGCUUUUUGCGUUCUGACUGCCGGCUUGGCAGUGACCUCACAAGUGCUGGGGUCGUGCCCUCACCACUGCCACUGCGGCACAACCGUGUCCGUUAUCAACUGCUCUUACGCCCGACUCGCCGUGGUACCAGAACGCCUCCCGCUAGAUUUGACUGGACUCAACCUGAGCCACAACGCCAUCAGAACUCUGGCGCCUGAGCAAUUCAGGGCUUUGACGCGACUGGAGGACUUGGACUUGAGCGACAACCACUUGGCGUAUGUCGACGCCGACGCCUUCCUGGGCCUGCGGAGCUUGUUGGAUCUACGUUUGGCUCGCAACCGUCUGAAGGUGCUUCCAGUCGGAGCCUUCGCCGGCUUGUCGAGACUACGGCUGCUCGACGUGAGCCGCAACGAGAUCCUCGGCUUCCUGGAUUUCACCUUCCGAGACUUAGCCGGCCUGCGCGUCCUGGAAGCGCUGCACAACGAUGUUGUCUUCAUCUCUCGCCAGGCCUUCGCAGGUUUAUCUGACCUGCGCCAGCUCCACCUGGAUGCCUGCAACCUCACCUUGGUGCCCACUGAGGCCUUUGCACGCCUUGGCAGGUUAACCGUUUUACAUCUGCAUCGUCUUGAUUCCAGCGUCUUGCCAAACUAUGCUUUCCUUGGUCUGGCACGGCUGAAGGAACUCAUCAUCACCGAUUGGCCCAGACUGGAGACGUUGUCUACAAACAGCCUGGUUGGCCUCAAUCUUACAUCCCUUGCGAUUCGAAACUGCAAAAUCAGCGUUGUUCCUUAUGCUGCUUUACAUCACCUAGUCUACCUUGUAAACCUUGAUUUGUCUUGUAACCCAAUCAGCUACAUCCAAGGCAACCAGCUCAGGGACCUGCUCAGGCUAGAAGAGUUCCGCCUAGUUGGGGGACGGCUGCGGCGCAUUGAAACGGCGACGUUCCAAGGUUUGGCACGUCUGAGCCUGCUCAACGUGUCGGGAAACCUCCUGAGCACCCUGGAGGAGGGCGUCUUUCACUCGGUGGACACCCUCCGACAUCUUGGACUGGACGGAAACCCGCUGGCCUGCGACUGCCGUCUGCUUUGGCUAACGCAGCGACGUUCGUCGCUGGACUUUGGGGGAGGCCUGCCGACGUGCGGCGCUCUCGGUCAAUGGGAUUUUCUGGACUACACCGCAGUGGAAAUGGCGGAGCUGCUCACGUGCCAGCCCCCUCGUGUCCAACUGCACCAACCUGGGCUGGUAAGUGUGGACCAGGGCCACACGGCAGUGAUGCACUGUAAUGCGGAAGGCCAGCCUGAGCCAUCUGUCACCUGGCUCGACCCGAAGCGGAAAGCUUUAAUGGGUACGGGCAGGAUACGGGCAGCCGCCAAUGGCUCGAUGGAGGUCCGCUACGCCCAGCCGCAGGAUGCAGGCAUUUACCGCUGCGUGGCAUCCAAUGCGGCGGGAUACGACACGCAGCCUGUUGAGCUCCACGUCAGAGCCCUCACCAAGAAGAAGCCCUUUCACUUCAAAAGCCGGCUGGCCGCCUUGCCAUCUUCGUCGCCGGACAUGCAGGAGCCGCCGUUUGACGUCAAGACGCUGCUGAUCGCGGCAUCCAUCGGCUUCCUGUCGUUUUUCAGCUCGGUCGGCCUGUGUUUUGUCGCCAUCUUCUUCUGGAGUAAGGGCAGAGGGCAGAUAAAACAUACCGCCAACAUUGCGUAUGUGCCACAUAGCGCUGCCACCAGCAGGAAUGGCGGCACCGGCAACUACAUGGAGACGAGCAGGUUUACAAUGAAGCUUAUGUAAACAUAAAUGUGAAUAAAAAGUUGAAAGCCUGCGGUUCAGUAUUGCCCAGUUCAAACGCUGACUCUUUUCGAGGGGGGGUGGGGGGUGGGGAAGUACACAAUUCAACUGAAAUAAUGUGAGUGCAGAACCGUGCACAACCUCUCAAAAGUGGGAUGUGGCUGUGUUCAGAUUUAACUGGUCACAUUAAGAUUCAGAUUAAAUGGGAGUCCACAAACACACAUGCCACCAUUUAAAGUGCCUCUGAUUAACCCCAAAUAAAGUUCAGAUCAUCAUCUUGGCUUUUCAUUACAUUU